AUGAGCGGUGUUGGAUACAUUGGGUCCAAGAUCAGUCUCAUAUCAAGAUCUGAUAUACGUUACGUAGGCAUACUUCACAGUAUCAAUUCUGCAGACUCGACUGUAGCUCUUGAGCAAGUUCGUUCUUAUGGAACUGAAGGUCGCCGAGGGAAUCCUUCUGAGGAAAUUCCUCCGUCUGACAAUGUUUUUGAGUACAUAGUGUUUCGGGGUUCCGACGUAAAAGAUCUGCACGUUUGUGAAGCCCCAGCUCAACAACAGUCAAUGCCUCAAGUCCCUAAUGAUCCUGCUAUUCUUGGGACUACCGCUCCACGACCCCCGAACUUUCAAGGCUUUGCCCCACCACCACCAUUAGGCGUACAACCUCCUCCAAACUUCCCUGGCGCAUCUAUAAAUCCUUUCUACCUUCAACAAGUUGCUUCUUUUCAGCAGCAACAACAACAAUUUUGGCAGCAACCACAAGUUCCACAACCACAGCAACUUAAUAAUAUUACCGAAAGUCUCGCGAAAGAAGCUGAACAACCAAAGUCACAACAACAGAAAGAACAUGGUACACCAGACAAGGUAGAAGACCAUAAACCGGAAAAGAAAACCACUGUGCCCAAAAAUUUCGUCAAGACGGGGAGUAGUUCCCGAUCAUCUGCACAGACAUCAAACGCAAGAAAUGAAAGUGCAAUAGAGCCAUCAACGGCCACUGCAGUGGAAAACCUAGCAAAAAAAGUCAGCGAAUUAAGUGUUACUCCGAGGGAAGUUAAUGGAGAAAGGCAUGGUAGCAACAAUCGUUCUGUACUAAGCAAUAACCGACUUCCAGGAAUGGGAGGUCAUCUUGUACAACAAAAUCGUAGAAGUCGUGGUAGCCGAAGAAACUAUAAUCAAAGUUAUGAUCGUAAUAGAAUUCCUGUUCCACAAUCAGAUUUUGAUUUUGAAUCGUCAAAUGCCAAGUUCAAUAAAGACGAACUUGUUAAAGAAGUUGUUAAGAAAAUUAUUCCUAACCAUGAUUUUAAAGAAGAAAAUUGCGCAGAUGGCAUUGAACUUGGUCCAGAAGAAGAGGAAGAAGAUGUUUUGAUACCACCUGCUGAGACUUAUUAUGAUAAGGCUAAAUCCUUCUUUGACAAUAUUUCUUGUGAAACAAAAGAGCGAAUGGAACAGCAAGGGCCUGAUGGCCGAGGAUUGUCUGUGGCUGAACGAAGACAGAAGCAAUCUGAAGAAAGACGUUUAAAUCUCGAAACUUUUGGGCAAGUUUCUAUUGACGGUGGAAGAUACCGUGGUGGUUAUCGCAGUCGCGGUUAUAGGGGAGGCCGAGCUGGAUAUCGUGGUGGUCGUGGAAUCCGUGGAGGAUACUCAAACAACUAUCGAGGGAAUAACUUUAGA